CUUUGCUUUGGCAAUCCUCAAGCGUUCAGCGUCAUUCCUUGCAAGAUAUGCUACGCGCCCUGACCUUCAUCACGUUGACGCGCCGCUGCGCGGCGUACGCGCAGCCGUUGGCCGCCGGCAUCGCUGCAGCGUCGCCGAGCCGCCUCGUAUCCGGAGUAGCUGCGAUUUGCCUUUCCGGCGCUGCUGCGAAGUCCGCCGAGAAGCAGCCGGGCAUACCGCUCGUCGCCGACGGCACCGUCCGUUUAUUGAACGCCGCCGAUGGCGCCGACGUCGUGCAAGGCAUCAUGGCGAGUCUCGGGCCCGGAGGAGCAGACGUCGCGGUCCAGCAAUUAGAUUCGACGGUCCACGCCUCGUUCGGGCCGCGAGGCGGCGGUAGCAAGGCGUCGAAGAAGGGCGUGGCCGACGCGAAGCCCGAGGGCCUCGGCGAAAAGGCUGUCGCGCCCGCCCCGGCGGCCGCCCCGGCGCCCGCCCCGGCGGCCGCCCCGGCGCCCGCCCCGGCGACCGCCCCGGAGGCCCUCAAAAUAGAGCCGGCGGCGGUGAAGCAGGAGCCCGCCGCCCCGGAGGCCCCAAAAAAAGAGCCGUCGGCGGCGAAGGACGAGAAGAAGACGUCCUCGUGGAGCGGGCCAUGGACCUGCCCCGGCAUCCGGCCCGAGUUUGCGGAACCGGCCGGUCCACUCGGCUACAAGGCCGCCGCGUUGGAUUCGACCUGCGAGGCCCUCCAGACUUCUGGAGGGAUGAACGAGAAGCAAGCGGUAGAGGUGCGUGCGCCUGCGUCCCUGAGCAUCACGCGCGUGCGUCAACGCGUCGUCCCCUCGCAGUUCUGCGUGAAGAACGCGUCGAGCGCGUGCGAGACGCCGGAGUGGGCGACGGAAUUGCAGCGCUUGCGCAAGGUCGAGUAUGAUUCGGAGCGGCCACAGCGCGACGGCCACAAGCGCGACGUGGCGAAGACGGACGAGGCGGCGUUCCGCGCCGCGCUCGUGUCCGUCGCGACGGAGUGCUGCGGGCUAGGGGAUGGCGCUGUCACGGCAGCGGCGUCUACCAACGGACGGCGCAAACCGACGCGCGAAGGAUUGGUUCAGCUCGCGACGGAGGUCUUAAGGGCGAAACUCGCUGGUGGUCUGCUCGCCGGCGUGUUCGCGCCGGCGGCGCGGCGCGAACCGCGGUCAUACGCGCAUCUGGACGACGCCAAGGCGCGAGCACGUGCUAGUGACGCGGAUGGCAUGAAAGGCCUGGGCGAGGCCUACGACGCCCUCGCGGCCGCCCUGGCGUCCUUCCUCCCGGCCGACGUGCUGCCCAAGCCGACGAAGAAGGCCGAGGGCUUCAGCAGAGAAACGGGCCCCAAACUGUUCGCGCCCGCGACGCGCGUCCUCAACAAGAUCGCGGCGGCGGCGAUGGCCGCUGCGGGGCCGGCGCCGGCGCCGGCGCCGGACGCGACGCAGCCCAUGGACGUGGACGUGGUGUCGCCCGAAGCGCCGCGCACGGAGUCGGGCGACGCCCCGGCGCCGACGCCGGCGCCGUCGCAGGGCGAGCGGCCCAUCGCCUCGCGCGACGCCACGGCCCGGCUCAAGGCGCGGCAAAGGAUGAUAACGUCGGCGGGUCCGCACGACGGCGACGCCGUGAAGUCGCUCGUGGCCUUGUUGGGGCCGCUCGGCCUGGGCGCGGAGCGGGCUGAAGAGCUCGUGCGCGACAUCGACCGCGCCGACGCCAAGGCCCACGAGGAGCAGAAGCAGAAGGACGCGGUCGCCGCGCCCCGAACAGCGCGGCGGUUUGCGGCGGGCGCGCGGCGGCCGCCCAUCGCGCGGCGGCCGUCGCCCAGCCACGCUCAGCUGGACGCCUUCUUCGCGUCGGCCAAGCCGGCGCGCCGGUCGAGCCGCGGAGACAAGCGGCCUAGGGUCGUCGACGCGCCGCCGCCGCCGAAGCGGCGCUUCCAGCGAGAGGCUGCAGUCGGCGACCGCGUCGUCUGGAUGAAGUACGGGCGCGAGGGCGUCGUCGAGGCCGAGGACACGCCGGGCGUGUUCAUCGUCUUCUUCGACAAGGGCUGCUUCAGGGAGACUGUCCGGGCGGACGAGCUGCGCGUCUUGUAGACGGACCAGGAGUCGUCGCGCGGCGUCGCGGCCGUUAUUCCUCGCAUGGCGCUAAUUCACAGAACUACGAUACCAUAAUGCAGCCGCCUCGUGCGCCGGUUAGAAGUCCCGAG